AUGGACACCGAGCUUAAGUGCAACAGGCUCACUUGCCGACGUCCACUCAGUGACAAGGCUGUCGUGACCACUUGCUCACAUAUAUUCUGCGUCGAGUGUGCCAAUGAACUAUUCAACGCAUCGCGUCUUUGCCCCGCAUGUGAAACCGUUCUCUCCGAACCAGAUGAUGUCGUGGUUUGCUCGCUCCAUCCGUCGAAUGACUACAAAACUUCUGUUCUUUCCGGUCUGGGUCCGCCUGUCGUUCUGGAGAUCUGCAGUCGGUGCCGCGAUAUCGUUCUGGCAGUACCAAAUUCAUCAAGAGAUGUAUUCCCCUCUUUGCCUGCUAUGCGAACUUUGACCUCGUUGAACGCAAUGGAUAGAUCAUUCCAGCAAGCAGUAGUCCGGAGCGUCAACGACAAGAACGCCCAAUUGCAGAAACAGCUCGAGAACGUCGUGAGAGAAGCGAACGGAGAAAUCAGUCUGUUGAGCAACAAGAACGCAGAUUACAUGGUCCCAGAGUUCCAACGCGACCUUGAGCUCGAGAGACGCAAAGUGCGAGACCUACAAGAAGCAGCGCGAGAGCGUGAUAAAGAGUACCAGAAGCUCAAGGUUCUCGUCGCUGUCGAAAGCAAGAGUAACAGUGCUAACACAGGGAUGCAGGCUCAACACGAUAAGAUCAAACGCAAGGCCCUACUGGCUCCAGGGGCUGGCCCUCAGAUGUCUCCAAACGAGGAACAGCUGAAGUUGAAGGCAUUUGGAGAUGGGGGAAUGGUUUCUCAGCGAACGCCUCUCGUAACUCGGAGCGGCGCGAGCUGGGGGCAGGGUCAUCAACAGCAGCAAGGACUCCAAGUUCCCCGAUCGGCACGACGUGUGCAAACGCAUCGUCAGCCAUUCGCAGCAGGAGAUCGCGUGCACGCAUCGAAUCAGUCAUACUCAAACGCAUCCGACCGGUCGACGAGUAGCAACGAGGUAGAGAAUAUGCUGUUGACGAGCAACGCGGCCCGGGCUAGUGCGAAUCAUGGAUGGCAGACUGCGCCGAGUGUGUCGCGGAUGAAGACUGUGCCAAGAGCUGUUUUCGCGCCGCCAGGCGCACCCGUCCAACAACGGAUGUCUGGCAACUUCAGAGCGGCUGGAAUGCAGCGCAGCGGUAACCAGAAAGCACAGCACGCUCAGCAUGCGGAAGCAGAACCCGGCGGUACCGCCAGUGGCGGGGUCAUCAUGGACGGUCGCCUCAACAUCGCUUGGGAGAGCGGCGAGAUCGGCGCCAUGGACAGCCCCAUCGUGCUCUGA